CAUUGGAAUUCACUUAACGUGAUAAACAGUUUUCUACCGAAACAAGGUGUAACAAAACUCUAUUAAGUUACCUUGAGGCUACGUCAAUUACAACAGAGGGGAAAAAAUGCAUUAUUUAGUGUCAUUUUACUUCUUGGUGAUCGUGAUAAUAGUAAAAGUCGUGACAUGUGUAGAAAAUUCAACGUCUUUUCUACAAUACAAGACAGAGAAUUUGAAAGAAAGUUACAAUUUGGAACCGACAAUUGGCUCAUUGCCAACUGGAUGGGAUGACUUUUGUAUGGAGAACACUGAAAACAGUUCUACUGAGAUGAUGUCCUUCAAGUGUAUGAUUGACAGAAAUAACUCUGGACGCUGGAACUAUGACGAAAUAAGGGACCACAUUGCUUCAAAGAAGGUGAAAUACAAAUUUGAUAUCGAAUGUGUUCAAGGGGCUAAUAUUUCAUUGAAAUGGCCUUUCAAGGCAAUAAAUCUCAAAGAAUUAAAAGUGCAGAACUGUGUGCUUGAAGAAUUCUACGGUGAUUAUGAAAAUGAAAUGUUGGCUACCUUUGCUGAUGAGCUGGAAUGCCUUCGUCUGACAGAUGUCGUUGCUAUGGUGAGCAUAUUUGACCUGAUUUACCUGGCUGGCUCAAUAGUAAACAUCACACAAGAUGCCCUGUGUGGAAAUGACGAGAGUCUCAUUGAACAUACAAUCAGCAAUUUAACUUACAACUUUGGAGCCUCCACGGAGACGUUUUUCCAGAAUUUGUUAAACGAGACUACGGGUGAGCACGAUGUAGAAAAGGACCCGGUAUUGAACGACGUUCCGAAAAUGUACAAUGAUGUCCUGAGGGUGGAGCAUGUAUGUGAUUAUAAACGCUUGAGAAAAUAUGAAUACAGUAUAAAUUCUUCUCCAGGUUCAUUUUUCAUUGACGUACAAACAGAGAGAUCCAAAUAUCCAGUUCUUGAAAACUUGAACUUUUCUUUCACCCCUUUUGGAGAAAAAUAUCCCUUGGAUAAUUUGCUGAAGAAUUGGGUUAGUUUUUACCCUUCACUUCAGUCCAUGGAUAUUUCUCAUUGCAAUAUACAAGAGUUAAAUUUCAUCGGUAUCCCUGACACGAUAAAAAGAAGAGAUAAUCAGACGCUUUUUGUAAAUCUCACAAACAAUGUUAUAAAGGAAUUGAAAGUGUCAGUUCUAGAGACUAUAUUUGACGAAAACAGAAUGUUCUUGAAUUUUAGCCAGAAUCCAUUAAACUGUUCUUGCACGGAGGAUAUGAAGGAACUCCUCAGCUUUGUUCAGGGAAGAGAUAAAUGGACAUUAAAGAGGUACGCUAGAUACAGUUUCAUCAGAGAAAUGAGAUGUUUCUUUCCAGAAUCUUUAAAUGGAACUCUUUUGAAGGACUUAACAGAAUCAUUGUUAAUGUGUAAGAAUGAUUUCACAUUGACGGAAACCAUUCUUGUAGAGGCUGUAGUUUCCUUAAGUGUGUUUUCAGUUUUGCUUUUAGUGGUUAUUAUCGUAAUACUUGUGUUUCGAAGAGAAAUACGUAUUCUGACCUAUACCAGAUUUCAUAUACUGUUGCCAUGCCAACCAGAGGAAGUGUUCGAAGAGAAAAAAUUCGAUGCUUUUGUUUCCUACAGCAAUAAGGACCAUGAAUGGGUCAAUGGUGUGUUUGAAAACAAUACCAUAGAGGGUCUAAAGGAUUUCAAAUUUUGUUUACAUCACAGGGACUUCAUGGCGGGUAAAACCAUAACAGAAAACAUCAUAGACAGCAUUGAAAGCAGUAGACACACCAUAGUCAUUAUGUCAAGGCACUUUCUGGACAGUAGUUAUUGCCUGUAUGAAUUUGAAGAAGCUUUUCGACAGAGCUUAAGUGAAAAGAAACGUCAUUUGUUGGUAAUUUUGAUGGAGGAGAUUUCACAGAAUAAAAUGCCAAAAGUUUUGCAAGCGUGUUUAAAGACAUUCACCUUCAUUAAAAAAGAUGACAAUAUUUUUAUGGACAGAUUAAUUUUUUCUCUCUCCUAUAAAGGACGUGAUAGUGUGGGUAAGGAAUCAAAAUAUAACGCUGCCUAUGAAAAUAAGUCUUGUGACGAAACUAAAAAACAGGAGAGCACUUUAACAUUGGAUAAAAACGUUUAUCAGAUUGGUUUACCCCAAGGAAAUGUUGAUAAUGAGAAAACCGAACAGUAUAACAUAUUUCCUUAAUUGCUCUAGAUCCACUUACGUAAUGGACGAUUAAAACUACUAUUUUGGGUUUGACCUCAUAUGUAUCAGAUAAAACGUGUAACUUGGUCAAUGAAUUUUCUCUCUUUUUUGUGUGUAUAUUUAU